AUGUCCGCCCAGCGCUCGCUUCUCCGCGCCGCGCGGCUCGGAGCAGCGCCUCGACCUGCCCUCGCCAACGCCCUUCGCCAGCUCCCGUGCCAGAACCAACCCCCAGGCAAAGUCACCUCUGGUGGCUGGAGGACAUCCGAUAUCUUUUCCAAGCUACUACAGGAACGCAUAGUGUGUCUCUACGGAUCGAUUGACGAUGGCACCGCGGCGUCCAUCGUGUCGCAGCUCCUCUGGCUCGAGGCGGAAAACCCAGAGAAGCCCAUCACCAUGUAUAUCAACUCUCCGGGUGGCAUGAUAUCAUCAGGCCUCGCCAUCUACGACACGAUGAGCUAUAUCCGGCCGCCGGUAUCGACGGUGUGUGUCGGCGCGGCGUCUUCCAUGGCUGCCCUCCUUCUCGUCGGAGGCGAGGCGGGCCACCGCUACGCCCUCCCGCAUAGCUCCAUCAUGAUCCACCAGCCCCUGGGAGGCACGCAGGGCCAGGCGUCCGACAUCCUCAUCUACGCCAACCAGAUCCAGAGGAUACGGGAGCAGGUCAACGACAUUUACCGGCGGCACGUCAACAAGGCGCUGGGCAGCGACAAAUUUGACCAGAAGAGCGUGGCGGACCUGAUGGAGAGGGACCGGUACCUGACGCCGGACGAGGCCAAGGACCUGGGCAUCAUUGACGAGAUUUUGACUAAGCGGCCGGCCCCGGUGGAAGGUGGCCAGGAAGACUCUAAAUAA